AUGGAUGUGCCAAAUAACUCAUGUCCUUCACCAAAACUCCACACAAGACUCAGGCUGUGGGAGUUUGCAGAUCAAUAUGUAUUUGAACCGGUUGAUGGUCUUGCUGACUUGUUUUUGUCAGUUAGCCGGGUCAAUGGAUCAAUGAGUCUAGUGGAAGAGUUGCCACAGCGUGGUCCCUCUACAAAUCCAAAAGUUCAAAUAGUGUUUGGUGUCAUAGGAGUGCUCAAACUUGAAGUUGGGACAUAUUUUCUAGUGAUCACUGACCGUGAUUGUGUUGGAUCCUACUUGGGACAUGCAGUUUUUAAAGUGACAGGCCUAAGAGUUCUGCGCUGCAAUAAUUCCAUUAAUGCUUCUGCUGAGCAGAAAAAUAUGGACACAGAAUUUUUGGAACUUCUGGAUGCUGCAGAGAGGACCAUAGGCCUGUACUUCUCCUAUGAUUCCAACUUAACAGUAACUUCGCAGAGGCUACAUGAACUAGGUGAUGAAUUCAAGUCACUUCCACUUUGGAGACAGGCAGAACCAAGAUUUCUAUGGAAUGGCUACUUGUUGGAACGUCUUAUUGAGAACAAACUGCACCAGUACUUGUUACCAGUUAUACAAGGAAGUUUUCAAAGCAUCCAUGCAGAAGUUCGGUCAGAAAAGGUAAAUGUGACUCUUAUUGCACGAAGGUGCACACGGAGGAUAGGUACUCGGAUGUGGAGGCGAGGAGCAGAUCCAGAGGGUUAUGCUGCAAAUUUUGUAGAAUCAGAGCAAAUCGUGCAAUCAAAAGGAUUUACAGCAUCCUAUGUGCAGGUUCGAGGUUCGAUGCCUUUUCUUUGGGAGCAAAUUGUUGACCUGACAUAUAAACCAGGUUUUGAUGUUGUAAGAGUAGAAGAGGCGGCUCGUGUACUUGAGCGGCACUUUCAUGAUUUACAAAAGAAACAUGGGGCUGUUGUAGCUGUUGAUCUGGUCAAUACACAUGGUGGUGAAGGUCGACUCUAUGAAAGAUAUGCAAAAUCUAUUGAACCUAUACUUAGUGAAGAUAUAAGAUUUGUGCAUUUUGAUUUCCAUAAAAUAUGUGGUCAUAUUCACUUUGAGCGUCUUUCUCAGCUCUACGAUCAAAUUGAGGAUUAUCUCAAGAAGCACAAGUACUUCCUCUUGAGUGAUAAAGGCGAGAAAACUGAGCAGCAAACUGGCACUGUCAGAACAAAUUGUGUCGAUUGUUUAGACCGUACUAAUGUAACUCAGAGUAUGAUUGGGAGAAAACUUCUGGAAAGUCAGCUCCAACGAAUAGGUGUUUUUGGUGCUAAUGAUACAGUCAGUAACUUUCUAGAUUUUGAUGCAAAUUAUAAAGUUUUGUGGGCCAAUCAUGGAGAUGCAAUAAGCACUCAGUAUUCUGGGACUCCUGCUCUGAAAGGAGACUUCGUUCGGUACGGGAAACGAACUACUCAGGGAAUUUUAAAUGAUCUAUGGAAUGCACUUGCUAGAUACUACCUAAACAAUUUUGUAGAUGGUACUAAGCAGGAUGCCAUGGAUCUUCUUCAAGGACAUUACAUCUCCUCUGUUAGUCGGGACAUGGCACCUACAAGUAAAGCAGGACUUCUGGAGAAUUAUGCGUCAUUCCGUCUUGCUUUCGCAUUGGUUUUGGUAGCUGUUUCGUUCAUGAUUAUAUCACUAAGACAAGCACGGAAUGAUGCUCGCCACUUGGUGUUGUCACUUAUGUGGGCCGGUCUUUGCAUUGGCAUAUCACGAUAUGUAAGAACCAAUGGCCGUAUGUUCUGCAAUCGACCCCGUUUCUACCAGUCACGCCAUUGAUCGGUGCAGAGGGAUCGUUCCACGUCAAGUGAGCUUGCCAACUUGUCACGACACAAAUUUUCUGAAGAUUCUAUUCAUUUCAUUCUUUUUGUAAAGAACCUGGCCUCCCCAAUUUUGUUUCAACCCUUAACAUUCUUUUACACAUUGCUGCACAAUUUGCUUUCGUACACAUAGUACUAUACCUACUAAUAUAUCUGGCUCAACCUCUCAUGAUGGUUGUUCUUACCAUACUUUCCUCACGGAAGGAAAGAAUUGAUGCAUAUAAUUCAUAAAAAGCAUCACCGACAUUCUUACCGUAGCAAAUAUAGUAUCUUGACUCGAACUAGCUAGCUUAUGUUUUACGGCCUUUAUUUUAUUGUGGCGAACCAGUUAAAACUAAUGACUUCUGGAAGGAACAACUCAUUGUGGUGUUGUAAUGUUGCAGCGAAAACUGUUUGGUGGUGUUGAUUUGUAGGAGAGAACGUCUGGAAAUUCUGAUUGCACCGUCGAUGCACAAAACUGAAGACCAUGUGUGAUCUGUGUAAAGGCGCUAUCUGGUAUACAUCUGCAACCACGAGACCAGUGGCAAAACACUACCUAACAUUUACUUAAUGCAGAGCACCAAGACUCCUGCGGCUUAUAUUGUCAGAUGCCCAUUUGUUUUUAAAAUCUGUUCUUGUAGGCAACCUGGAAAUUCACAUGGGAUGAAUUUUCCCCCUGUUGUAUAGAACUUUUUCAGGUGGCAAUGUAGUUUUUAGUAUCUUAUGGAUUGACACUCUUUGUAAUUAAUGGAUAAGCAACAUCCUUUCUUUACUAUGGAAACAUUCCGUUCUUUAACA